CCAUGGGGGAGGUGGAGGAGCCGGUGCCCGAAUCAGGUGCCGUUUUCACAUUUGGAAAAAGCAAAUUUGCAGAAAAUAUUCCUAGCAAGUUCUGGUUUAAAAAUGACAAGCCUUUGUAUAUGUCAUGUGGAGAUGAACAUACUGCUAUUGUUACAGGAAAUGGUAAACUUUACAUGUUUGGCAGCAAUAACUGGGGCCAGUUAGGACUAGGAACAAAGAAUACUAUCAACAAGCCAACUUGUGUAAAAGCUUUAAAACCAGAAAAAGUUAAACUUGCUGCUUGCGGGAGAAACCACACUUUAGUUUACACAGAACGAGGACAUGUAUAUGCUGCUGGAGGUAACAGUGAAGGGCAGUUGGGAUUAGGUGACACAGAGGAAAGAAGCACGUUUCAUCUAAUUAGUUUUUUUACCAACCAGUACAAGAUCAAACAGCUGGCAGCUGGAUCUUACACAUCAGCAGCACUAACCGAGGAUGGACAGCUUUUCGUGUGGGGUGACAAUUCUGAAGGUCAGAUUGGCCUGGCUGGUGAAGCCAGUGUGUGUGUACCUUGGCAAGUGGAUGUUGGAAAGCCUGUUUCCUGGGUCUCCUGUGGAUAUUACCAUUCUGCUUUGGUAACAAGAGAUGGUGAGCUCUACACUUUUGGAGAGCCUGAGAAUGGGAAGCUAGGUUUGCUGCCUGAACAACUGAAAAACAAUAGGGUUCCACAGCCUGUUCCUGGAAUUUUGGAAAGGGUUAAUAAGGUAGCUUGUGGUGGAGGACAUACGGUGGCACUUACAGAAACAGAUGUAUAUACCUUUGGCCUUGGACAAUAUGGGCAACUUGGACAUGGUACAUUUAUUUUUGAAACCUCGGUACCAAAGGCAGUGGAACAUCUGAAGAGGCAUAAAAUAUGUAACAUUGCAUGUGGGGAAAAUCAUACAGCUGUAAUAGCAGACAAUGGCCUUAUGUUUACUUUUGGAGAUGGACGGCAUGGCAAGUUAGGACUUGGAGAAGAGAAUUUUACUAAUCAAUUCAUACCCACCUUAUGUUCUAAUUUCUUGAAGUUUGCAGUCUAUUUGGUUGCUUGUGGUGGCUGUCACAUGCUAGUUUUUGCCACUCCAAGGCCUAAAGGGUCUGAAGAAACACAUGAAGAUUUACGUGAAAACUGUUUGGCUGCUACAAUCUCUAAACUGGGUGGUGAUUCAUUAGUAACUAACACCUUGCAGAGAACGUUAUCGGCUCGAAUGCGACGGAGAGAGAGGGAAAAAUCUCCAGAACAGUUUUGUCGAAUGGUGCGAACGUUACCUCCGUUGGGAGAAGGCUCCCUAAAACCUUCUUUACGUGCUGCCAGCAACACUGUCCCACUCAGUUUACUCACAACAAACCAUCCUGCUGUAACGGAAGUGAAUACAAAUAAAGCAAUUGAAUCUACUGUGGACUGUAAAACAGAGGAUCGGAAGCAGGAAAAAGAUAAACCUGAAGAAAGUACCACAGAGGAAGAUUCAGAUAAGGAAAGUGAUGACAGAAGCCUUGGAAACACAACUGAUGUUCUAAAUAUGACACAUAUGAUGAGAUUGAAUCCCAGUGACCAGUCCUUAAAAUUAUCACCAGUUCAAAAACAAAAGGAUCAAAAAACUUCUGAAGAUGAAGAGACUGAUAAUGAAGAAGAAGAAGAAGAAGAAAUAACAGACAAAGAAGAGGAGGAGGAAGAGGAGGGAGGCAGCAAUGAUGAUGGGAAAGUGCAUGAAAAAGAGGAACAUGACAGUAAAACACCUGAGGGAGAAAGAAGCAAUAACACCACUUCAGAAACUCCAGAGGAAGAGAAGACCCCUCAAGAAGAGAAAAUACUUCAGCAAGAGAGAGAAAAUACCCCCGACACUCAUCCUGAGAACAGUUCUUCAAGGGCAAUUUCAGAAAGUGGUGAUGAUAGAAUAUCUGGAGGAAUACUUGGAAGGACUAAAAAGUUUUCUCUGUUUAAGCGAAAGUCGUUGACAAGUCAGAAAAAUGUACAUAACAGCAAUGAAGGUAAAUCUGAAAAGCCACUCCAAAGUGAAAAGGAUAAAGGAAAGGAAGCAGAUUUAUCUGGUGAUGACAGGAAAGACGAAAACCAAAAUCACACGAGGGAGAAUCCUAAGGAAACCACAACUAACCAGGGCAGAAAGACCAAGUCCUCUACUUGUGUAAUACUGUAAUGCUGUCAGAAUAUAUAUUUGAAAGGCUGCAAGCACAUGUUGCAAUUUAUACUUGAAAACAAUUAUGACUUCUUAUUGUUACUGAUGACAGAUUUUAAAAAAAUAAUUAAGUUGUUUGCCUUGGUUUUGGACUUGAAGACCAUGGUUUUGGUAUUUAUUUCUUUUGAUAAUUUUAGUAAUUGAAACUGAUGAGCUUAUCAGAAUGUUACUGAAGUGUUGUGGCCUUAACUGUUCAGUGUUGUAAUAAUAAAAAUAUAUUUUUGUAUGUGAAAAGUUGGAUUCAGGCAUUUUAAUAAUUUUUGCUAAAUAAUUGUAUCCUAUGCUUGAAUCUACACGGUACCACUUACAGUCUGAUAUGGUGCAAAGCUGUAAAUAGCUACUGUAGUGUAUUAUUUGGUUCAACAACAUAGCUAGGAAUAUUUAGAAAUGAACAUUAUGAAGGGUAUUGAGCCACUUAGAAAUCAUCUGUCUUGUUCCAUUUUGAAAUAGAAAAAUAGCAAUAAAACUCAACAGUAUU